AAACAGCGCCCUCAUCACCAGUGAUUGCGAAAGGACCAAAGAAAACAUGGCAAAUCACGUUGUAAUCGACGCCGUUGCCUUCUUCAGAAAUGUUCAGUUACAGAACAUUGCUGAGAAUGUUUACACAACCCAAGGAGUAGUGAAUGAGAUUAAAGAUUCUGCAACAAGGCAGAGGCUGACAGUCUUACCCUAUGACCUCAAGUAUCGGGAACCCUCCCCGGAAAGUGUCAAAAUCAUCUCAGAAUUUGCCAAGAAGACUGGAGACUAUCGCAGUCUGUCUGCUGUGGAUCUUAAGGUCCUGGCUCUGGCGUACCAGCUGACCAAGGAACACUGUGGUAUUGAACAUCUGAAACUGGCCCCCGAAAAGAAGGUGACAUUGACCAGCAACGCAAGGCCACUGCAGAGGGCCACUGACAUAGUUGGUUUUUAUCUCCCACCAAAGGAUACCACAAAUCCACUGGUCAAAGAAGAACAGUCAACUACCAAAGUGCCAGACUCGAGUCAGCUACUGGGCAAAGAAGAAGGUGACAUCGAACUCACCCUGAGUAAACUUGAAGUUGAAGCAAGGAAAGAUGAAGGCAGAGAUAACAGGACACACCAUAAAUCUCAAGAAGGCAGCAUGGAAGUCAAGACAUGGGGGGAUGCUGUUAAGAUCAACACUGAUGCUGACGUCUCCGAGGAUAACUCGGGUUGUGAUGUAUCAGAGUUCCCAGACGAGUCCAAGGAAGAUGCAUGUACCGUCACUUCAGAAAACCACAGGGUAGCUCAGGGCAAAACGUCAGAACCCUUGCCCAAUACGGCGGCAGAAGUUGACCAGGAAAAUGUUGAAGAUGACAGCCUCAGUGAUGAGGAUGAUGUUGAGGAGGAAGAGCACGUAGGAAGUGAAGACGACGGUAGAGACGAUGAGGGAUGGAUCACCCCUGGAAACAUCAACAGGAUACAUCAAGAAGCCAGGAAUGAACAGACAUUAGACAGCAUAGUCGUGGCUUGCAUGACUGCCGAUUUUGCCAUGCAGAAUGUUUUGAUCCAGAUGGGCAUUCCGGUCUUGUCCGUGGAGGGGAUGUUGAUCAAGAAAGCCAAGAGCUUUGUACUACGGUGCCGCAGCUGCUUCAAAAUCACCACCAACAUGACCAAAGUCUUCUGCCCCCACUGUGGUAACAAGACACUGGACAAAGUAACGGUGACAACAGACGAAGAUGGUACCCAACACAUUCAUCUGUCCCAUCGGAAGGUCAUCCACAAGAGGGGCCUAAAGUAUCCACUACCAUUGCCCAAGGGAGGCAAGCAUGCUGACAAUCCCGUCCUAGUGGAAGAUCAGCCAAUUCCUCAGAAUCGACUGUCGCGCAAGGCCCAGAUGAAGACGGACGUCUUCAACACAGACUACAUCGCCGGCAAUUCCCCGUUUGCCUUGAAGGACACCACCAGUAAGUCGGUGCAGCUCGGAGUGCGGAAUUUUGUCAGCAGUGCUGCCCACCACAGGAGGAACCCCAAUCAAGUCAGGUCUAAAAAAGGCCGCAAAAAAUGAAUAAAUUGGAGGACUGUCUGCAGAUGCCAUUUUCAAACGGUUCCCUCUUUUUUUUUUCUAGAAAAAAGUCUGAAAUUGUGUUCAGAAAUUACAAAUCCAGAAGUCACAGUAGGCUAUCUCUGUAAUCAGUAUACGAUUUACUUUUUUUCCAUGUGAAUUUCAAGACUACAUGGUAACUCCCAUAUUGUACACCAUAACAUCACUGCUAAAUAUAAUAGGCAAACAGUCUUUGAAGAUGGGAACAACUUCUUGAAUAUGAAAACUUACCAUUUUUCUGAUCCAUUUUACUUUGCUUUGUAGUCAUCAGCAUAAAAUUAUGAGAUUCCGCAAUAUCUGGUUAAUUUGAGCUUUAUAGAAAUGUAAAAGAAAACAUCUAAUUGUUGAAACCUCAAAAUAAAGAUUGGUAUCUUUCAA